UGAUCCAAAACAUUGCUCUUUACCAGUCACAUUUGAAGAAAGAUUUUGGGAUAAACUUGUUAUGGUUUCAGGUUUUUUGUGGAUCAGUAUUUAUAACAUCCUUCAUUUAAAUUAUCUGCACAGCUGAGGUGGAAUGAUUUUCUUCCCAUGCCUACCUCAUGGCAACGUCCUUGGUUGGUUGAGAUUCAUGGUUUUGUGGUUGAUAGUUGAUAGUUCAGACAUUUAGGUGGAAAUAUGUUUUAAAGCAUGGCAUGGAUUGCAAGUUAGAUGGAUUUGAUGUUUGAAUCUAGGAAAAUAUGGCUUGUUUCCUCAUUGAGGACUGUAGCAGUGAUAAAAUGUUGCAAGUACAGGUAGUACCUGUGGUUUCACCUGCUCGUUGCUUCAGUAUAUUGGUAAAAUGGUGUCUUUGAAGAGUAACAAGGACAAUUAUGAUGUGAAAAAUUAGUACUUUCUUUCCUUCUAUUCUGUCAUUUUCUUUCUAUGCUCCCAUGGUGAGGAGAUCUUUGAUGAUGGUAACUCUUCUUGCAAACUUAUUGAUUUGGUCAAUUGGCAGUUUUAUGGGCAACAAGAUUUCCUACUAAUAAUUAUUUGAUGUUGUACUUUUUUCCUUAUUUGCUUACCUGUAGACAACAUUCCCUUUUUCCAGGAUAUAGAAUUCGUGCAGGUUCUAGUUCUCCUGUACGACGUAGGGAUGCAGAUAACCGCCACAGUUCUGAUUUUGAUCGUGUUGGUGGUCCACGGAGCCGUGAAUUUGGUAAUGGGAGGGAUUCUGGAAGACAUAGAGACUCUUCACCUCAUCAUGGUCGAGGACCUGGUGGUAGGGCAGCUGGUAGAGGUUUUGAUGGCCCUGGAUUUCGUCCUGGGCCUUUCAAAGGUGAAGGCAUGGGUAGAAAUAAUCCCAAUGUGCAACCGAGGGAAGGUGACUGGAUCUGCUCAGAUCCUCUAUGUGGCAACCUUAACUUUGCAAGACGAGAGUACUGUAACAACUGUCAGAAGUCUCGCUAUCCACCAGUGAGAAGUCCUCAUAGGGGUUAUCCUGGUCCUCCACCUCCACAUGCUCCUCCUAGACGCUUCCCUGGUCCCCCUAUGGAUCUCUCACCUGGCAGGGCAAUAAAUGGCUUUAGGUCUCCUCCUCGUGGUUGGGCAAGGGAUGGUCCAAGAGGCUUUGGUGCUGGUGCUCCCCGACAUGAGGGCAGAUUUUCUGAUCAUGGUGUGCGCAGAGAUCACCUGGAUUAUCUAGAAGAUGACUAUAGGGUGAGGAACAAGUUUGACCGACCACUGCCCAUGGAUUGGGGACAUAGAGACCGUGGAAGGGGUAACUUCUUCAAUGAAAGAAAAGGAUACGAGAGGCGCCCACCAUCUCCACCUCCUCCUCCACCGAUUCCACCUCAACGUGGCAGAUGGGGACGAGAUGUGAGAGAGAGGAGCAGAUCACCAAUCAGGGUUGGCCUACCAAAAGACCAUCGUCGGGAAAUGUACAUGGGACGGGGACGAGGACGUGGACGAGAAGAUCGACGUGGUAUUGUUCGUGACCGAUUUGGAGAUGCAUUUUAGCAAUAGUGGACGUGUAAUAUUAAUUCAUUUAGAACUCCUUUUGCUUUUUUUUUUUUUUCUCUGGUGUAGAGUGAGGAAACUUGUAGACAGAUUAAGACAAAUCUUAUGUUUUGCUUCUGAUUUCCCGCAGCAUGGUAACUUU